UACUCACCUUCUCUGACCCUUCUCUCUCACACACAGAUACAAAAGGCAAAGGGCAACUCUCUGUCUCUCACGCCUCCAUAGACAUACACAAUAUAUAUAGUAUUAAACUACAGUAGUACUGCAUCGGUAUUGCUACUGCCCACAGUCCAACUCUCUCUUUCAGCAUUCUCAAAGCCUUUUCCUUUUUCUUUAAUCUAUCAACACAGACACCACACAUAUUUUUGCAACAACAAAAAAGAGGUGUCACUACUCUCUCUUGUAUAUCCCACUCUACAGUUCGCUUCCCUCCCUUUUCAUUCCUUUCAUCUCCGCUGUUUCAACCCAAUUAUAUUUACAUUAAUGUGAAAAACACUAAAGGUCUCAUCUUUGGCUCCUUCACGUUACCUCUUUCCUUGUGUGUGCUGCUUUUCCUUGCUUUACUUUUGAAGUGGUCCAAUGCCUUGCUAGAUAUAAUGCGUGGUUUCUGUACUGAAGGGGCACACACUUCGUAUUAUGGUUCUAUUUAGUGGUUUUGUUCGAUCUGUCUAGUUGACGAAGGUGAUAUACAUUCUUCCCAUGGCCUCAGAAGCGCAUAUCAAGAGUUCCUCAGGGAAGCAUAGUAAAAGUCAAGCGUGCAAAACUGGGAAGUCGGAUACUGGUAUAAGAGAAUUACCUGGACAUGUGGAAACUCCUGCCUCAAAGAAAAUUACAGUAGAUCCAAUCACAGAUAAAAAGUUACAAAACCAACUGCAAAAGGGUGCAGUUUCUUCUUUGACUGGUAAACUUGACUCAAGCUUACAUUUUGGUAUGGGUGAUUGUAGUGGUGAUAAGGAAAAGAAAGCAUCGAAUCACAGAAAUGUCAAAGAUAGCUCAGCAUCUUCAAAAGUUAGUGAUGGAACAAACACUCUUGCGAAGACUAGUGGAAGUCCCAAGAUAAGUGAUCGAGUUGAAUUUGUUGAGAGUGGCAAGAGCAGUUUGUGUCGGGGCAGCACAAGUACUGAUGUUAGCGAUGAAAGCAGCUGCAGCAGCUUGAGUACUGCUGUUAACAAACCCCAUAAAGCAAAUGAUAUGAGGUGGGAAGCGAUACAGGCAGUCCGUUCAAAGGAGGGGUCGUUAGAUCUGAGGCAUUUUAGACUAUUGAAGAAGUUGGGCUGUGGUGACAUUGGAAGCGUAUAUCUAUCAGAAUUAUGUGGUACGAAGUGUUACUUUGCGAUGAAGGUUAUGGACAAAGCUUCUCUAGCUAGUCGCAAGAAGCUUUUGCGUGCUCAGACAGAAAGAGAGAUUCUGCAGUCUUUGGACCAUCCUUUCCUUCCGACCUUGUACACUCAUUUUGAAACAGACAAGUUUUCAUGUUUAGUGAUGGAGUUCUGCCCCGGGGGAGACCUGCAUGGCCUUCGGCAAAGGCAGCCAGGAAAGCAUUUCUCCGAGCAAGCUGUGAAGUUUUAUGCAGCUGAAAUCCUUCUUGCUUUGGAAUAUCUUCACAUGCUCGGCAUCGUCUACCGUGACCUCAAGCCUGAAAACGUCCUAGUGAGAGACGAUGGCCACAUAAUGCUGUCGGAUUUCGACCUCUCACUUCGAUGCAGUGUCAGCCCAACUCUCGUAAAGUUCCCAUCCCUCGAGCCAGACACCCUACGUGGGAACACCACUGAAUGCAUCGCGCCAUCUUGCGUCCAGCCCUCAUGCAUGGCCCCAACCACAUGUUUCGGCCCUCGCUUCUUCUCAGGUAAAUCCAAGAAGAAAGACCAUAAACCUAAGAACGACAUCGGGAACCAAGUCAGGCCGUUGCCGGAGCUCAUGGCCGAGCCGACAGAGGCGCGAUCAAUGUCGUUCGUGGGCACACACGAGUACCUGGCACCCGAGAUCAUCAAAGGCGAGGGGCACGGCAGUGCCGUGGACUGGUGGACUUUCGGGAUAUUCUUGUACGAGUUACUAUUCGGAAAGACGCCGUUCAAGGGGUCCGGGAACCGUGCCACCCUGUUCAACGUGGUCGGUCUGCCCCUCUGGUUCCCGGAGUCGCCCGUCGUUAGCUUUGCCGCGAGAGAUCUUAUCAGGGGAUUGUUGGUGAAAGAGCCACAGCAUAGGCUGGCGUAUAAACGCGGGGCGACGGAGGUGAAGCAGCAUCCGUUUUUCCAAGGCGUCAAUUGGGCGCUGAUCCGGUGCGCGACGCCCCCGGAUAUUCCAAGGCCGGUCGACAUUCCGGCGCCCCCGCCGGUGAAAGCUGUGGCCCCACCACCUGCUGCUGCUCCACAAAAUACUAAUAAUUAUCUGGAAUUUGAUUUCUUCUAGUGUUUUGAGUAAAUAUGGGGAUUUUUUUCCAGACAAGUAUGUGAUUGAUUAUAAAUAUAAUAUGUGGUUGGACAAUUCAUGAUGAUGGUUUGUUGUAAUGUGUAAUGCAACUUAUGCUAUCAAUCAAUCAAUCAAUGAAUGUUUGAACUCCUUCAACAUA